AAUGUUGUGAGAUUGAGAGACUUAUUCUUUUUUUAAAAUAAAAAAAAAGAGAGACAUUAUGAAAAGCUUUUAAAUGAAGAAUAAAAGAAAGAAAUUAAAAAUGAUUUUUGUGCUAAAGUUUAAUGAGGAUAGCUGAGAAAGACUUAAUACUACAUUCGGAUACCUUUUGGUUUAAUAUUUUUGUGAAUUUAAUUUUGGAUAACGACAAAAUCAAAAAAAAAAAAAUUAGAAAAAAAAAAUUAAUUUAAAAUUUUUCAACGACAAAUUAUGGAAUAUCAGCAGCUUCCGCCGGUGUCAAUGAUUAUUGGAUCGCCAAAUACAACAUCUCUAAUUCAUUCGAACAAUAACAAUAAUAAUAAUAAUGGCACAAAUAACCAACUUUUGACUAUGCAACCUCCUUUAUUGCCCCUACAAGUUGCACACAAUUUACAUCAACUUACUACACAUAAUAGCAACAACAAUCAAAACAACGGCAUACAUAUCGGAAGUUCAAAUCAAAGUUCUCAGUCUUUGCCACCAACGACACAACUUUUACAAGCUCUCCAUAAUAACAACAAUAAUAAUACUCAGCACCAGACGAAUAUACAAAAUAUCGGCAAUAACACAAAUGGUACAACAAAUAAUUCAAAUGAUAAUAAUGGAUCUAAUGAAGAUAAUAGCCGUUGGACGCAGUAUCAAGUGCAACAAUUAUGGAGACAGCAUCAUGCGUACUUGAAUGGCAAAACAAAUAAUAAAGAUAUAUGUGGUGAUGAUAAACACAAAGAGGAUGGAGACCCAUGGAACGUAGAGGCACAAGCUGCAUUUUUAGGACCAAAUUUAUGGGAUAAAACAUUACCAUACGAUACAGACUUAAAAGUACAUCAAUAUGCCGAUUUGGAUGAAUUUUUAUCAGAGAAUGGAAUUCCGGUUGAUGGUUUACCGAGCAGUCACUUAGGUCAUUCAACAAAUAUUGGUGGUGGAGGUACAAAUAAUCGCAAUGACAACUUAGGUCAUGGUCUCUCGUUGGGAUUGGGGCCUGUCACAAAACGAGAAAGAUCUCCGUCUCCUUCAGAUUGUAUGAGUCCUGAUACAAUUAAUAAUCCACCUUCUCCUGCAGACUCCACAUUUUCAAUGUCCUCAACACGUGACUUUGAUCCUCGUACUCGUGCUUUUUCCGAUGAGGAAUUAAAACCAUCACCAAUGAUUAAAAAGUCUCGCAAACAGUUUGUGCCCGAUGAGAUGAAAGACGACAAAUAUUGGGCACGUCGACGAAAGAACAAUAUGGCUGCUAAACGCUCACGGGAUGCACGCCGGAUGAAGGAAAAUCAGAUAGCUCUUCGAGCCGGUUUCUUAGAAAAAGAGAAUAUGAAUUUACACCGUGAAGUAGAACAGCUUAAACAGGAGAAUAUGGAGCUAAGAUCACGUCUAUCUAAAUAUCAGGAGGUGUAAUUAAACGUUAUUUUAUGAGGAAAUAAUAUAAUUAAAAACAUCAAUAUUAAUGUUAUAUGUCGAAUGUUAUAAGACUUAAUUUGCUACAAAGCUUUCAGUUAAAAUCAAAAAAAAAAUGAGAUGAAGACGUAAAGCUUCGGGAGCUUAAAACCUUUCUAAAGAACCACCAUUUAAAUUUAUAGUUAUGUUUUUUUUUUCUUUUCUUUUCUUUAGUUGAAUACUACUAUAGAAUUUCUUUUACAAACACUUUUACAAAAACAAAUUGUAAUUAUUAUACAUCUAUCGAUUUUUGCAAAAUUUAUUGAAUAAGUAGGUGUAGACAACAUAUAUAUUGGAAGCACUAUAUGUUUUGCUUACAUCUUUUCAUAAGGGUGCAUAGAAACAAAAAUUGUUUUUAAUUUGUUUUUUGAACAAUUUUUUAUAAAAAAACAAAAAUCUUCCAAAUGUUUAAUAUUUUUUUUUAUUUUCUAAUAUUUUAUUUCCCGAGUAGCGCACAAUUCCUUGAAAGUCAGUUGAAUGCCUAUGAUCUGACAACCACAUGACUUUUAUGGAAUUUUUGUUUUGUCCUGCUCAGGUUUUAUUAUCUUUUGAGAAAUUAAGUUGUACGUCAUUUAAACAAAAAGAAAAAAAAAAUACAGUGAAAUCCAAAAAAUAAUAUUGUAGUUAUUAUGCAUUAAUGUAUAAAUUUGUUUCAAUGCGGAAAUAUUUUAAAUUUAUUGCGAAAAAAAAAGAAGAAGAAAAUUAAAAAUAAUAAUUUUAAUUGUUUGAAAUUAGUUUUGCAUUACUGCCACGAAAGGAAAAAAAAAUAAAAAUUGUUGAUUGUCCUCCUUCAUUUUUUUUAUUAUAAUUUGAUUAUAAUAGAGUCUCAUAUCAUUUAGUGGCAAUAUGUCUGAAUAUUUUAAAAGAAAAUCUAAUCAGAGUUGUUAGAUGACUGAAAUUUGGAAACACAAUAAUUACUUCCUAAUGAUGCAGUGCAUGAAUGCAAGUUCCUGUGUACAUAUUCCUUCAUAUUGGAUAUUAUUGGGUCCUACAAGAGAAGUAUUUUUGCAAAAUAUUCUAAAAUUUUUGAUAUUUAUUUAAUUAAAACUUUUGCAAACUAUACACAAAAAAAUAUAUAUGAUAUAAAAUAAUUAGAGAUUAGAUCCAUAAAUUGAGAUAAAUUGUCAAGUUUAUUGAUAUGGAAAAAUAUGUACAUAUAGACUUAACUUAGUGCAAUCAGCUGCAACAAACACUCUUCUAGUUACUAAAGGUUAGUACAAAUAGAAUGUGAUACAUAAAAUUUAAGGCUCAAGUCACAUGUUAAUUUAGAUUAAAUUUUCUCUAGACAAAAAUCGAGUUUUAGAGCGAAUUCUUCCUGAAUUGCAUCCUGGUUCAGAUGCGAGACGUUGGCACUAGUGAUAACUCCAAGUGUCCACGACUUGUUAAAAAGUAUUUUGUGAAUCAUGUAUUGAGCAGUUACCCGAGAGUCCAAAAAAUUGAUUUCGUCAAUAAUUUGGUCACUGGAAUUAUGCAUCAAAUUCCAAAGGAUAAAACCACCCUAACAACUCUGAUUCUAUUAAAAUAUUUUACUUCUUUCUAUUCUCUCAUUUUUUUCAUUAUGCCUAUUUAAAGUAACGUACUCAAGAUAGAGUAGAUUUUCAAGUAAUCAUUUUUGCAUAUUAUGAUUUUAAUUUGUGUGAAGAAAAUUAAAAGUAGCCUAAAGUUUAUCCAUUUUUUAAUUAGAGCUUUUGAUCAUCAAAUUUAUAAAAUUUGAUACCAAAGAAAGAGAAAAAGGAUGGAAAACUUUCACAGAUUAAACAAGAAGAAAAAUGAAAGAAUAUUGUAGUUUAUCAGUUUUAUAAUUGAUAGGGUCUUUGUUUUAUCAUAGAGAGUCUGAUUAUUUUGAUUGAACAUUACUCAUACAAUAUAAUAAAAAAAAAAAAUACAUAGCAGAGUUAAGCAACUGUAGUGAUAGAAUGUUUUUGGUGAAAAGUAAAUAAUAAUAGAAUUCACGCAUUACGUACUAAAUACAACUAUUUUAGAUGAAAUUUUUGAAUUAUAUAUAAUGAUACAAGAAGAAAAAAAAAAUGAAAAAUGAUAGUCCGUUACCGGGUUAAAAACUUUAAAAAAAAAACGAAGACGAGUUGAAUUGAGUUUUAUAAAUUAAUUCUGACCGAAAGUAAGGAAACGUAAAUAGUUUUAUCAUUGGUUAAUAAACAAAAAAAAACUGGCUAUAGCAUACUUGUUGGCAAAUUUUUUAAGUUUUUUUUUUUUCGUUUUAAAUAAUGAGGAAUAUAUGUUUUUUCUUUAUGAUGUUAUGUAGUAUAAUGUUGAAAUAUUAGAAUAAAAUUCGUUUAAAUUUGUUUGCAACAUA